UGCCUGAUCAUGUUACUUACAACUCUUUAAUGGACGGUUACUGUUUGAUCAAUAAUGUUGGUGAGUCAAGAGAAUUACUCAAUAAGAUGGUCAAUAGUGGUUUGGCUCCUGAUAUUAUUAGUUACAGCAUUAUGAUCAAUGGACUUUGUAAAAUCAAGAUGGUGGAUGAUGCCGUGAAUCUCUUUAAAGAAAUGCGUCAUAAAAGCUUGACUCCCAAUACUAUCAUCUAUAGUUCCCUUAUCGACGGUUUGUUCAAGUCAGGCAGAAUCUCUGAUGUGCAAGAUGUUAUUUAUGAGAUGCAUGGUAGUGGCCAUACUCCUGAUAUAAUAUUUUACAGUAUUUUAUUAGAUGGAUUGUGCAAAAGUCAACAUCUUGACCAAGCAAUUGCAUUAUUUAAGCGAAUUGUUAACCAAGGAAUUUGGCCUGAUACUUACACAUAUACCAUACUUAUUGAUGGUUUGUGUAAGGGUAACAGAUUAAGUGAUGCGCAACAGAUUUUCCAGCUUCUUUUGGCUAAUGGUUAUCCUUUGAAUGUCCAAGCAUUUACUGCCAUGAUCAAGGGACUUUGUAAAGAGCGUUUAUAUGAUGAGGCAAAGGGCUUGCUCUAUAAAAUGAAAGAGAAUGGAUGCUUACCUGAUGCUAUAACUUUUGAAACACUUAUUAUACCUCUUUUGGAAAAAGGUGAGAAUGAUGAGGCAAAGAAUCUUGUCGACAAAUUAUUCAGCAAGGUCUCUUGAAAUGAUAGAAGGUAUGGAACAGAGAGAGAGAGCAUGGCAAAUCAUUCAAUCGACACAUGCCCGACAGAAAAAGCAAGAUGCUGAAAAUUCAACUGGUCGAAGAUCUUGUUCUAAGACUGAUUGUAAAGCAAGCAAGCAUGUAAAAAGAAGGCUUGAUGGAAAAUGGGUAAUGCAUAGUUUUGUGAAGGAAUGUAAUCAUGAGCUU